GUGGAGGGCUAGUAAGACCUGGUUAAGACAACUCGGACGCGUUGUAAUAUGCCGUCUGCACUUGCGAGUCAGUUGGCCGCAUCUGCAUCUCUAAAUGCAUCUCUUCUCGACGCUCACACCAACAAACGGAGACGGACAGAAUCAUACCUUUUCACUGGUCGAGAUGCCGACGUUCAUGACCUCGACUCGAUCCAUGCACUCGCCAGCAAUGCCUUCGCGCAAUUGUCCUCAUUGUCUCCUGCUUUUACUGCGCGAACCAUAAAAUUGGCUUCAGAUGGGUCUUCUCUGUCUGUGGACUUUGACCAGACUUUAUUUUCCGAGGCUGCAAGGGAUGUCGACCGCACUAUGCAAUCUCGGGAAGUAAACACGAACCUCGAUCGCACGCUGAAUGCAUUUCUAUCAUUGUUAGGACCGUGGCUCAUGGAGGCACCUACAAGCAAAGUAUUAGAGUGGCUGGUCAGGAGAUUUCGCAUCAAUGAAUUCAAUGUCGAUGCAAUUCUUUCCCUCUUUUUCCCUUAUCAUGAAUCCCCGCACUUUGUCAAAAUGCUCUCGAUCUUACACAUAUCCUCUUCUUCCAUCUUUUCAUUUCUGCUACCAUUUAAAUCUGCAGCAAUGCCUCUCGCACGGAGCUCGAUGGUCAAAGCCAUGGCUGCCAAUCAAGCGGUGGCAAGAUUUAUCGCAUCAUUACUUCCAACUGCGAUGAGAGGCUCAUGUUCUCAUCGUACACUCGUGGCUUUCAAUGCGGCCACAAUGCACGACUAUAUCGCAUCUUCGUCGGCUCUAGAUGAAGGCAUCGUCGCGUUUCUGCUGUCGGCUCUCCUCGCGCCGUUUCAGACUAGUCACAAUGAUGCCAAUGCAACUGCAAGUCUCCCAAGUACGAUGCCUUAUUACGUACUGCUUUCCACACUCUCGCAUAAAGUUUCACUGUCAUCUGCUGCCGUGGCUGCUAUCGUUGGAGCAAUGGCCACUUCAGCUGCUCCAAAGGGCAAACGGGAUACGAAGGACAACAGAUCUAGCGAACAAUUUAUCAAAGUCGCAAUUGCAGUAUGCUCACCUCAAGAGGAGCUUGGGGCUUUUCACGCCAGUACAGGGAAUUUAUGUCUAAAGAUUCCCACAUUUACGGAAGAACUUCGAAGUGCAGUUCAAUUUGUUGGAGCGGAAAAGUUUAUCUUGCCGCUCCUUGAAUGUCUCAAGCCCCGACUCGAGGAGCCAGCUGUUUCCUCUCUUUACGCUGCAAUUCUUAGUGCCACGGGUACCCCUCUGAGACUGCUUGAGCGUUUGGUGUCCUCGCUCAUACGGCUAAUUCUCGCUGGCAGCGACGAAGAGUCCGUCGCAACUUCAACGGCUAAUGCUGCACGUGCUCUUUUGUCUCUCGUUCAUCAACGUCACGUUGAUAUUCUUCGUGAUGCCGUGGGUGAAAUUAUUGACGAAGGAGAGAGCGAGCACGAAGGCGACGAUCAGCGAACGAAAAAGAAAGAGCGGAAGAAGAAAGCGGACGAUUUGAUGAUCUCAUUCUCAGUGAGUCAUCCGUGGGCUCAAAGCACCGAUGUCAACGAGAUUGUUGUUGCUUCAACAAGCUCCACCAAAGAGGCACGCGUUGGAGCUGUUGAACGGCUGUACAAAAUUUUGCAAGGGGAGUUGACGCUCGAGGCAUCUGAUAGGGCCUCAAUACAGUCAGCUCUGCUCGCUCGCGUCUACGAUAUGCACGCUGGAGUUCUCCACGUGCUGUACUCUUCACCUGAAGUAUUUCUCUCGACGAUUAUUCCAGGACCCACCAGCUCGCGCUGUUCUUAUGCACACGUUGCUUUCCUCGCCGGUCAUUUUAGCAAGACUUACCCGGAGUUAUCACAAGCCGUACAAGAACGCGUACUAUUUCCGUACCUGCUUGCCAGCAAACCAAAGUUCAGGACCUGCGCGGGGAGUAAGGAUGAGGAUAACGACGAUGCAGACGUGGACAUAGAAAAAAUUUGCGAGGUGAAUCUCGAUGUGGCAGCCAAAAUUGCAGAGAACAUCCUUGCUUCCAAUGACAGUUCAAGCGAUAUUUCCCUCAUUCUCUUUAAGUUGCAUGACCCCCUUGCCGCACGGAGGCUCAAUGACGGUACACUGGGCAUGAAAGUCGCGACAAAGCCUGGAGGAAGAAUCACCGUGAUGUUUCUUCAGGCGUCCAUAUUGGCGUUGAUCCCGGCUGUUCGGCUAGUUGACGCACGUACACCUACUUGGAUUACAACUUCAUUGAGUGAUUUGCCAUCUGAAAAGAAGAGCAUUGAAGACCGCUACGUUGUUCUCAUGCAAAACCUAUACGCUGUCGCUGUCGCUUCUGGAAAUGCCAGCUCCAUCGCAGUUAUCUACUCAUCUCAUCCAGUCACUCUUCCUAAAUCUGAGAGAUACUUCUCUUAUGUUCUUGCUUGGCAUGCCUUCUUGCAGCGAUCUCCAGCCUUGGAGCGCGUGCGAACCCGUGCUCUCUUGCAUGCUUUAGCGUUCUUACGCGGGCACAACUCUGACAAUGCUGUCGACUUUCAGACGGUAUUGCCUUCGUUCAUAGCGGUGCUCAUGGAUGCGCGGACGGACAAGCAAGGACGUACUUUGAUAUUCGAGUGUAUCUCGGUAUUGGCGUCUACCUCGGAGAGGAAACAUGUCUAUGGGCUGGACACUAUAUACGGAGCAGAGUCCACGCACCUUCAAUACCUUGACGCAAAGGAUCUCGAGACCUAUUUGAAGGCUCUCCUCGAAUCUCCGCACUCUCCUUGCGCAAGACGGCAAUUAUAUCAAAGUAUUCCACCAACAACACUUUGCCUACUGCUAGUGCAAAGUAUAUACAGGCGCCGGGUGAUCUGUUACUUGCUGUCGCACGCGGUCACUCAUCCAGUGCCCGAAGCUCGCAUAUACAUCAUGUCCUCUGUCGAGGACGUAUCAGACACUGCAAGAUCGCACAUGGUGAUAUCUGCCAUGGAGACAUUGGCUAAGGACCCAGCUCCCAUCUCAAAAUUAUUCGGCGUCAACCUUCCACCGGUACACCGCUCUCAUUUGAAUGCGGGCCCUGAAAAUUCAGUUUGGCAGGUCUUCGGUUUGGCAUUGCAAACAUACUUCAAGCCAAAUGCAAUCGCUGCAGUUAGGAAACUGUUUUCAGACGCGUUAGAAGAGAGACUUUUUGUGCAUCUCGACAUGACACGGCAAGCUCAAAUUUGCGACAUCCUUUUGUCGGCAGGAUCGCUGGGAAAUGAAGUGUAUGCGUGCGCGAAGGAGCUUCUGAGCAACCUUCUCCAGGACGUCCAUCUGAUCAAUCAUCUGCUCGUGGUUUAUCAACCUAAUGGAGCUCAGUCGGAUACUCCUGCCAGUAAACGUGCUAAGCUCGCUAACUCGUCUCACGGAAAUGUCGAGGAAAAAAUGUCGUUAUUCACUUUCCUUGCUGAAGUUCUUGGAACGAAGGAACUUCCUGGGUCGCUUGACCUUCUAACACAGCUCCUUGACACUCUUGGCAAGAUUAUCCAUUACGACUCGCCGAUUCCAUCCGAUACGAGCUAUCCUUGCCAGAUGCUAAUGGCUGCUGUGGAACAAGCAGCGAGCAAAAUCACGGAGCCUCCUGCUAGACCCAUACGAUUAGACAUACUUUAUCGGAAAAACCCACAAACGUUCCAUCAGGCACUCCUCCUCAUGGCAAGUCUGGCUCGACUCACGCCUGAUUCGGUGCUUCAUAACAUCAUGCCUAUUUUCACAUUCAUGGGCACCAAUGUGUUCCAUCGCGACGACUCGUACAGUUUCAAGGUGGUACAAAACACUAUCGAGAAUAUCGUUCCUGUCAUGGUGGAGUUCUUGCGGAUCUUCACAGACGCAUCCAACCAUAUCCCACGUCAUCGUCGACAAAACUUUUUCAUACACCUCGCCGAUGUGCUUGGGCCUCAAGAAUUCUUGGCUCCAGUUUGCAUGUCGCUGGUGGACAGGGUGGCUAAUCGGUUAGGACUUCCAAUAUCCCUGCUACGGCCAUUUCCCCCGAGAGUUCUUAAAGAAGUGUUGCGGGAAGCAAAAAGGCUUAUUUCGCUCGAUGAUGAGCACUCUGCGAGAUCGUCCACUAUCAUCAAGCGACGUGCUCAGGCGCUGAUUAUGUUUGUCGGUUAUGCCAUCACACCCACGCCUUCCACCGAUAUCUCAAGGGGCGACAACGCAACAACGGAACUUGUCUCUCUUUUGGCGACAGCCAACAUUUCAGACAUCGUGCCAGUCACACAGCAGACCACGUCAAAAGUGAUGAAUGCCAUCGGAGCAGCAGACUUCCUGAACGGAGCUUUAGUCAUGCUGCAAUCAGAUGAGACUAGGAUCAAAGCUGGUGCUCUUGAAAUCCUCGCAGAGAGAAUACCCAAAGUUACAGAAGCAGUCCGUCGCGAACAACAGAAGACUGCUAUAUCGAUUAUCGAUUGCAUUCAGGACGUCGUUUCUCGCCAGUCAGCCGGUGUACUAGUCAAUUCAGCACUCAAUGCUUUGAGAGCGAUCGGUUCCUCCAUUUGUCCUGGCGAGGAGUCAGCGUUGGUAUCUACUGUCCCUUCUGUCAUCAAAAUCACUGUGUUACCGUGUUAUGUAUCCUCUCUUGGACCUCGGCUUAUACCUCACUUCCGAGAGAUUGCACAAGAGUGUACAUCAGUCCUCCAAGAGGGAUUGAGUGGCAAAAUGGCGCAAUCUUCAGUCGAUGGCACAAUCUCUACCCUACAAGGCUUGGUAUCGACGCUUCCCGCUUUCUACGGUGCUGCAGAACUUAGGGGCAUCGUCAAACUCCAUCUGGAAUACUCUGUCACAUUGAAUGGACCCAUGACAGGUUUGAUGAAAGCUAUUGCAAAGAAGAUUCCAAGCAACAUGCUACUACCGGUGCUCUGCGAUCUGUGGCCCGAUUUGGAAAAAUCUCAGAAAAAGGAACAUGUUGAUGGACUCAUCGCCUUUUUUGUCUUUUUCAAACGCAGUCUUCGGGUAGCUCGACGUCCUGACAUCCAAGAACAUAUCCGUUCAAUUUUCUCAGUAUUCCUCGACGGCUUUGGCGUGAACAUGAAGUCUACGACUGGUUCCAGAGAUGUGAGUCUCUUGGUAGUGACUUGCGGUGAGACUAACCGGUGCCAGGGAGAACCUCAUAGUCAUUUCGGCAUUCUUGGAACUUGUUGUGAAACUUCAACUGAGACGGCCUUCAGACCGUUGUUCCGUCGUUUGUAUGACUGGGCAUUUGCAACUGAGAGCGAAAACAUUGAGCGUAAGGUCACGUUUUGUCACAUGUACUCUGCCUUGUUGGAUUAUUUCAAGGGCUUGAUGAACCCUUACAUGUCGAUGCUUCUGCAAGCUUUGUGCGACAUAUUGGAGUCUUUGGCCGCAGGGUCCAUUCAAAACCCGUCUCUAUGGUUGUCGACAGUCGAGACCCUCACAAAGAGUUUCGAAAAUGACGAUGGUGUGUUCUGGCGUGACGACAAACUGGCCUCGGUAGCGAAGCCUAUGAUAGCGCAAUCCAUCAACCUUGACUUGCUCAUGCACACUCGCGCAGAGGAUGCUCGUGAGCGCAUAUUCGCUCUGUCCUGCUCAGAAGCCCUCUGGCGCGAACAGGGUGGGAAGCUCAUUGGUUUCGUAGCAGAAACCGCUACGUUCAUUAGUGAGUGUGCUGAGGACGAGAACGACAGCGUCGUCCGUGAGACACACAAACUUAAGAAUGCAGUUGAAGGCGUGGCCGGGAGCAUCAGUGGAUUAUGAUCAUGCAUCCAUUCUGGAUUGAUUUUGAAAGGGUGUACGCUCGAUAGAUGUUAGCUAGAUGACGUGGUAGUCAAUACUAGUCAUGUUUUGCAUCUAGUCAUUUACCUGAUCGAACAAAGUUGAAGUACUAAUUAUUAUAUGUAGUGCCUGAGUUA